UUAAUACAAUUUUACUCAAGCAUAUCCAUUUCAUUUUUCCAAAUGCCUUAGCUGAGUUGGACAAGACCACGCGAGCUAGAGACCGCGCCACGCGCUGGCACAUUCAUUAUGCCGCCCCUCACUUGGCUACACUCAUUUGCCAAAUCUUCCACUGCAGGCUGUAUUUGGCAAAUAGGCUUUGUAUUGUAAAGGACUAUAGGCAAACAAUAUAAGUACCUACGGCAGUAAAUUUGUCGAAUAUACUUUUUUUUCGUGGGUAGGGUGUAAAAAAGUAAACUCAUAACUUUUAAUUCAUAAAUAUUCAAAAAUCUACUUAAAAUUAAUUAUAAUUUUAUUUUCCAAAUCACAAUAUACACAAAUAUAGUCAAUAACUGUUAUUGAGUUGUUUACUACAUGCAAUAAUAGAGAUUGCACACCCACCUGCUGGCUGACCAUUAAACUGUCAUCACAACAACUGCUUUCAAACAAAUACAAUACAAUGAUGUCUUCACAAAAACUGCAUGAGACUCAGAUCAGUUUAGAGAGAACAAUGGCUGCCCGAAUGGAGGACUUCGAAAGGAGACUCGGCAGCUUGAGUUCAUCACCAAAGAAGCUGGACCUCGAGGAGCUCACACGGGAUUACUGCAGCUUCAAGGAGUCCGUGCUGCCCAUGCUGCGCCUCCUGCAGGAACAGAUACUCAGUGUUGCCACACAAGUAGACGAGAUGGAUUGCCAGACCCGCCGGAAUGCCCUCCUAUUCACUGGCAUCAAGGAGGAGGAUAAUGAAGACCCAUCUGCGUUGAUCUGCGACACUGUGGUCAAUCUCAUGGGGAUAUCUGAGUUUGCCAGGAGCUCCAUGGUCCAGUGUGUCAGGCUUGGUGCUCGACGUCCGGAUGCUACUAGGCCGAUCUUGGUUAGACUUGCCAAUCUAGCCACCAAGUCUCAACUGUGGAGCAGCAAGACGAGGCUCAAGGCAAGUCCAGUGGUCGUUGGCGAGUUCCUGACGAAGCCCCGGCAGCGCCUCUUCAUGCGCGCGCGCCGGCACUUCGGGGUAAGCAGCUGCUGGACGAGGAGCGGCGCCGUCAUGGUGAGGUUGCCCGACGACAGCCGGGUCAAGGUGGUGACCGAGGCGGCGCUGGACGAGCUGUGCAAGAAGCACCCCGCCGUCACCCCGAAGGCUAAGGACACAGCGAAGGGCCCACUGCCAUCUGCAAAGCCGGUGGCCAGUCAGAGCAAAGUCACUCCGCCUACUACUCGUGCCGCGGCGGGUGCGACCGCGCCUGCAACCAGGAGUAGAACCGCAGGCUCGUCGGCCUCCCGGGACAAACGGUGAUUCUCCCUUUACUUCAAUUUCAAUAUUUGUUAUUUCUUUCCACCUAUUAGGAAGGUAAUUGAAGGUAUCGUGAUAUUUUGUUUUUGUUAUUUGCCCGCUUUUAAUUACUUUGUUUCGUUGUGUUUUCAAAGUUGUGAUAGCUGUCAUUCUCAAUUGUCAAUUUGAAGUGUCAAAUGUCAACGUCAUUGUUAUGUCAAUGUCAGUUUGCAACGUUCGUAAACCGUAUUAAUUUAGGUAAUGUAAGAUGUUUGUUUAUCACAAUCACUACUUGUUAAAAACUUAUUAAUUACUUUUAGCUGGGCAAUCUAAAUUAAUCUUAUUGUUGUGUUAAAUGUUAGUUCCAUUUAUUUUUUUUCUCAUCUAACUUUCAGCCAGCAGGACAGUGCAGGCAAAUAGUCUCAUUAGUAUAAUUUUUAAUCUAGCUUAAAUUAAUAUUUUAUUCACGUCACUAGAUAGUUAAUUUAUUUAUUUAUUCUAUAAUAAGUAUAUAUUAUUGUAUAUCUAUAUUAUUUUAUGUCUGGCGAUGAUGACUCGUUCGCAUCGGCUCACUCUUCGCUUUCUUAUCUAAGCGCCGAUGAGGA